UAGCAAUUUCACACACAGAUUUUCAAUAUAAAUACGCAGCGGAUUUAACCGUGGAAUAUCUAUACCUUUACUUCAGGUUACAGCUAUCUGAAACUACAGAUGGAAGCCUCCAAAAAACCAGUUGAGUAUGACAGAAUUUCCCAAGCAAGUGAGGCUGUGAAAGAAAUACCUAAGAAGGACUUUCAGGAAAUGAGAAGUUUUAAUGCGCCACCUGAAGCUGUUAAGGAUGUGUUAUCGGCAACUAUGCUAUUACUGGGACACCCUGAAUCGGAAGUGAACUGGACCAUGAUUAAGAAAUAUCUUGGAAAAUCCGGAGAAGAAUCAUUACAACACAAAGUGGGGUCCAAUGACUUUGCAAAAAUACCUCAGGAGAACAUAAAGAAGGCGAAGGCAAUACUGAGCAAAUAUGACGCAAAUAGGAUAGCACAGGUCAGCCAGGCAGCUAAGGAAUUAUACAUUUGGGCUGAUGCCGUGGUGGACAACUAGGUGAUAUAAAACUGCUUUUUGUAAACAUGUCCGACGAUGAAGUCUAUUGUCAAAUCUGUAGCGAUGAAAGAUGACAGGCGCUUCAUACUAAAAAUUACAAAGACGUUUCAUGUAUAAAAAAAUAGUCUGCAUGGCGUAUUUAGAGAGAGAGAGAGAGAGAGAGAGAUCGUAUGGUUCUUAUAAAUAUCAGUUUUGUCAUUAUGCAAUAUUAUUCAAAAGUAUGAAUAAUAUGAUUAUUACCUAUACAUGUAGUUUUAUUGAAUAUCUUCACCAUAUACCAAUCAAGUGAACAUGUCGCAAAAUAAAC